GGCGGCGCUCGCUGCUGGGCAGGGCGGAGAUGAAGCAAGUCGGAGUCCUGCGCCUUCCCUCCCGUCUCUCCCUGCCUAGGAUUGAAUGGAGAAGCACGCCCUUCUCCCAGCUCCAACAGCCGCCGCUUUUCGCAUCGCGCAGGCUCCGAGUGCGCCUUGGUGAAGCCUCCGCGUGGCUCCAUCUCGCUCCGACGGCUUCAGGCAACAAGCGGGUCGAGCCGCCGCGCGCAGCCCAGCAUGUCGUCCUCUUCGGCCAAGCAAAGGAGCGGCAAGAACAGCGGCCACCCCGCUUCCUCCGAAAAGGGGGCCCACUCCAGCCAUCCCGAUGACGUGGCAAAGAAGCCGCCGCCGCCGCCGCCGGCACACGCCAAAGGCGGCAAAGGGGGCUCGCCGCCUUCUGGCGGGGGCAAAGCUCCCUCGUCCUGCAGCUUCGGCGCCAUCCUGAACUUUCUCUUGUCCGUGACUUUCCUGGCAGCGGCUGCGCUCUCGGGCUAUUACGUCCACCACCUUCUGGGAGAAGUCAGCCAGCUCAGCCUGAGGCAGGAGGGCUUCGCCAAGCAGCGGGAAGAGCUGGCCCGCUCCUUGGAAGGGGCCGUGCAAAAGAUGCAUUCUUUACAGUCUGCUUUUGGUGGUUUUGAACUGACACUGAAAAAUACUCAGCAAAAACAAGAAGUCACUGAGAAGGUUGUUAGGCAAGGGGAGAGUGAGGUCAAUCGCAUUAGUGAAGUUCUCCAGAAAUUACAAAAUGAAAUUCUUAAAGAUUUGUCUGAUGGUAUCCAUGUUGUAAAAGAUGCCAGAGAAAGAGAUUUCACAUCACUAGAAAACACUGUGGAAGAAAGGCUGACAGAGCUAACAAGAUCUAUAAAUGAUAAUAUCGCUGAAUUCACACAUAUCCAGAAGCAGAGCCAAAAUGAAAUCAAUGAAGUUAAAGCAAAGGUGGCUUCACUUGGUGAAACAGAAACAUACAAACAUGACCUUCAGGUUUUGAAAGACAUUGUUGAUGAAAUGCAGGGAUCCUUGAAAGCCAAAGAGAAGACUAUAGAGUCUUUGCAAAGUACCAUAGAUUUGAUGGAAUCUGAUGUACUGUCUGAAGUUAAAGCACUUGUCAACCUCAAACAGGAACAUGAGAAGUUUAAAGAAGUAGCUGAUACAGAGCACCUUUCAUUACAGACUUUAGAAGAGAAAGUUCUUAAAGCAGAAGAAUCCCUUUCUCAUCUUCCAAUGGAGCUCAAGAGACUCAGUGAUGACUUGGUGCACAUCAAGUCUUCUGUUGGUAUACAAGAUGGCUAUGCAUUCUCCAAAGAUGACAUAGAAAGUCUGCAGAAGAGCAGUGAAGAAUUUGAAUCCAGGCUCAGGUCCAUAGAAGAGAAUGUUCAAACUCUGAUAUCACAAUCUGCACAGAACAUAGAAGGAACAGAACCUUUUAUUUUCAAAUAUGACAGUAAGCUAGCUGCAUUAGAAGAAGGUCUAGGUUCUGUCCAGGGUGCUAUAGAAAAUGAUGUACGCUCAUUGACUGAUACUGUAAGGAGUCUUGGCGAAGCACAGCUCUCAAUCUACAGUGAUGUUGAUGAACUAAGGAGAAGCCUGAGCGAUCUGCCAAAUAAUGCUGAUGCACUUGAUCAUAUCCAGAAACAAGUUCUUGCUUUGCUGGACCAAGAAAAGUCUUCAGUGAAUGUAGGGCAAUCUGGAGAUAACCAGGGAGAACUCUCUUCUGUUAAAGGCUCUAUUGAUGAAGUGCGAUCUUCUCUGGGUCAGGUGGAGUCUGACAUAAAAAUGCUUAGGACAGCAGUUGACAGUUUAGUUGCUUACUCAGUGAAAAUUGAAACCAACGAGAACGAUGUGCAGACAAUGAAGGAUUCCUUAGAUGACAUAAGGAAUGACUUGGAUAGGUUGUUUGUUAAAAUGGAAAAUAUAAAUGAGAAGAUUUGAGCAUCGAGUACUGAGCAUGUUUUAACUUUGAACUACCAAAAAGAAAAUGUUUUCCUAGUCCAAAGGAGCUUUGUUGUUCUAUUGUUGUUGGGGAAGUUGGUGGAAUUGAAAUGGAGCUAUUGAUGUCUCUGGGAAAAACGUUAACACAAUCCAAUUAGGUAGGCCUAUUUUUUUUUUACUAUUUUAAUUGCUAGGACAAAUUAAUUUGUUUCUGCAGCUUAACCUAUAGUGCACUGGGUGGGGGUGUGGACCCAAAAAGCAAAUUACGAUGGCCAUUGUCCUCAUUAAUCUAACAAACAUGGGGGCCCCAUCAUGCACAAGGCUGUCCCACUCCUUUGAACAAAGAAAACACAUGUACACACGCACACACAUGCAUUAUAUUGCAUGUAUCAAUCUUCUACCAUUGAAAUAAAGCAGAUAAUUCAUAGAAGGGGUCUGUGUACUAAUUGGAAUAUGCAAAGGGAUGUAAUCAUAUAUAAUAUAUACAGUAUUCAUAUGAAAAUUACUGUAUGGAAUAAUUGCAUUCGAGAUUGGGUUGUUCCAUAAUCUACAAUGAGACUGUGAAGCUCAUCAGUGUGGCCAUUCCACAGCAAAACCAAAGGUGCUUUUGAUGUGUCCAUGGACAAUAAACUUUGGCAGUAUUGGAUAGAACUUUGCCAUUAGCGCCUUCCCUUGGGACAGUUUACUGUGAUGUCAACUGAAUUUGUAUUCACCUUUGCUGCCCUAAUUCAUUGGUGCAGAGAUGUAUAAGGAUCAUGACAGGGAAAUGAAAACAGCUAAAGAAAAAGUAAUCAAAAGAUGAACAUGCCCCCCCCAGAAGAUAGGGCAACAAAAACAGAAUUGUUUAUUGUAAUUCUUUUUAACGUCUUCCAUGUGACAUAGCAAGAUGCAACAUAGAAAUACAAUGACGUCCAGUCUUGAGUGCCUUACUGCCUUCCUAGUAUUGACUUGCAUGAAACAAAAUUAGACUUUGGAUUGAUUAUAAAAAAGUCCACAAAUAAAUAAAAACUAUCUUUGGAUUUGAGGAAUUCUUCAAAGAAGAGAUAUUCAUAAUAUUGUUCACUUUACAGAUCCACUGAGUUUUACAGUUGGGUACAUUCUUGUUUAUCUUAGAAAAUAUUUUCAUGUUGGUCUUUCUGUUGAUUUCUGCUUAAUUGUCAAGAAAGAUAACUAAACAGAAGAAGACUAUGAAGAAUGCUAUCAGUUAUCUAUAUAUUCAGGUAUCCAAAUAAAAAAUACAUCAGUAGUAGAGGUGACACAGGAAAUCCUCAGGAAUAGAAGCAGACAAGGUGUGCAGUAGCCAUUUAUAAUACAAGCAGUGUAUUCAGAAACUGCUUCCCUAGAAAUACAAUGCCUUAAAAAACAAGAACUAUGCCUUGUAUUGAAAUCAGUCAUUAUUUUUCUGGAGUGCUUUUAUCUUGUGAGUCUUGAACGACUGUGUAGUUGGCUGUGAAAUAACUUUCUCGAUAUGUGUAAUGUUGAAUAAAUACUUACUCUGGUUGCA